AUGAUCCAUAGCGUUGAAUGCACAAGACAAUCAACUUCUUGUGCUUCUCUGUGCAUGGCACUUGUACAAGAACAAGAGUGUACACGAAGACUUAGCUCUGCAAACCGGUUUGCACAUGUGGAACAAAUCACCCAGAUACAGUUCUUCAAAAAGCUGCAAGCACACAAUGAAAGCAGUUCCUCUGAAUUUAGGGGAUCUGUUUCCAAUCCAGAGAAUAUUAUUUGUAUUAUGUUGCUCAGUAUAUCUGCUUCCAAAUAGGGUCUAGAAAACAUUUUGACCUAAGGCUAUUGAUUUAUACAAUACACUUAACUGUGCUACACAAGAAUUCGCACAAAAGCAAAUGGCAUCAGAAGACUGCAUUAUAGCAUUGUUAUUGAAUUCAUACAAAAAGCUUUACAAAUAUUAUUCAAGGUGCAAGGCUCUGAUGGGGGGCGUGCAGAUACCACCAAGAAAAAAGCAUUGAGUUCAUCGAUUUUAGUCCCAAAGGCAGGCAUCUAAGAAUUAAAACACAUCAGAAGUUUCAAGUUCAGGGGAACGUUUGUCUAAACUGGUGUGUCUUCAAGAGCCAGUGGAAUGCCAAUACUGAUGGGGUUGGCAUUUCACAACACUGGUGCCAUGUUAUCACAAGCCAGUAAUCAGGACAUAGCAAAUCAACUGGGUUCAAUUUUUUGGUCUUCAUGCCCUUACUGAGCAGUAGAGGGGGGAACAGUUUUUUAGGUUAUUUAGGAGUGUGUGUGUGUGUGUGUAAGUAGCAGAACAUUAAAACUGACAGAACCUUUAGCACUGCUGGGAUAUGUACCCAAUAAAGAGCACCACCCAGGCUGUGAUAUUCUAUGCCAGCUGUAGCCUCCAGACCAGCUGCAAAGGAAGCUCCAUAUGGGAUGCUUUACACCAGUAAUGUCUUGUUUGGACUAUUGUUCGUCCAAAUAAUUCCUGUGCAAGAAAGGCUGCAGUUGGCAAAAGCAGCUGAAGCUGAUGCUCUUUGAAGCUGAUGUUAGGUGCUCUUUGCCACAGAGGCUACAUGGGCCUCAAUGGACAACGAUGAAUCCAAGAAAAGCCCCAAGCUGCAUACCUGCUCCAUCAGAUACAGUUCAACCCCACCUAGAAUAGGCAAACUCCCCAAUUAUCAGGCCUGGGAACCCAAUUCUCUUACCCACCAUGUCUUUGACUUGGCAGGGCUUCAACCUAUUGGCCCUCAUCAACUCCAGCACUGCAGCCAGCCACUGGCUCAGCUUUCACCGGGCCUCUUCUGACUCAGAUUUAAUGUGGAAAUAGACCUGGGCAUCAUCAGAAUACGGUGUGCCCCAAACAUCUUGAGGAUUGCUCCCAAUGGCUUCAUGCUAGAUAACAUUGGGGGCGAAAUAGUGCCUUGCAGUACCCUGCCAAUACAGCUCCCAAUAUGUAGUUAUAGAAUGCCCUAAGUACUGUUCUUUGAGACUUAGCCAUGCAAGUAGGAGCAGAACCACCGGAAAACAUUGCCUCCAACUUCCAACCCACAAGAAGGUAGUCCAGGAGGAUACCCCACAACUUUGGGCAUCAAAGGCAUCAAUGGCUACUGAGAGAUCCUACAGCAAACUUGAGGAAUGAGGUUAUCACCCCUCUUUUAUUGUCCAUUCCGGGCCACCCAACCACUGCCACGGCGUCCUUUCUCUUGGCAGAUCAAGAUGAGCAGGUGAUGACAAAGGUUGCAAGGCUUUUAGCUGGGUCAAUUAGAAUAAGAUUCACUAUAGUAUUUGACUAUUGAUUCAAAACCCUAAAAUAUAAUUGACUUUUUAUUUCUAUUAUUGUAUUUCUAUUAUUUCUAUUAUUGUAUAUCGUAUUGCUGUUUUAUUGCUAUGGCCAAUGGCUGACGCAAACAAAGAUUCAUUCAGAUCCUACAGCAGCAAAAGCAUCACACACACUUUCUCCAGGGAGAUCAUCCAUCAGGGCAAAGUGAAAUGAAUACAUAAUAUGUUUCUAUAGGCUAAAUUAAUUCAUUAAAAAAAAAAAGUUGGUGGUUAGAACACUAUUCUGAAAGCGGGGAUUUGAACUCCCCUUCUGGGAAGCCUAUGGGUUCUUCAGAGCUAUAUCUUACUCCCCAGGCCACAUAGCUGAUUGGGUGCUCCAGUUGGAAUAGCAUUUCUUCCUUUCCCGCCUGGCUCUAUCUUUGCGGGAGAUGAUUUUCAGGCUGCCUAUGUUUCAUCUUGGAGUGUGUCAAAGCCCUGGAAUGUGUGGCCGUUGCAGUCCAGUUGCUGCCCUCUUGUCCUCUGCUCCAUGGUAGUCUGCACUAAGGAAGUGGUCUCUUUGUAGCUUUGUGGUUGUUCAUUGUAUUGGUUGCAUAUGUACAGGAUUGCAUAUGAUACAGCAUAUGUUGAUGUCAUAAGGGAAGCUGACUCACCCAACUGUUCUCACACAUCAGUUGGUGUGUCCCAUGCCUGGUACAGUAAUAAGGGAGACUUGCUGGCAUGCAACAACAUGACUGGUGGGUAGGAGGGGAUAUGCUAGGGGUGUCUGUGGGUAUUGCUACAUUGGCAGAAAUUGUGUUGCUUUAGGUCAUUGGUAGGCAAACUAAGGCCCGGGGGCCGGAUCCAGCCCAAUCGCCUUCUAAAUCUGGCCCGCGGAUGGCCCAGGAAUCAGGUUGUUUUUACAUGGGUAGAAUGUGUCCUUUUAUUUAAAAUGCAUCUCUGGGUUAUUUGUGGGGCAUAGGAAUUUGUUCAUUCCCCCCCCCAAAAAAAAUACAUUCCAGCCCCCCACAAGGUCUGAGAGACAGUGGGUCAGCCCCUGCUGAAAAGGUUUGCUGACCACUGGGUGCUGUUUCAGCAUAGGAUUGCAACUAUAUUCGCACUAGUGUGAACCCUAGGAUAGUGGCUAGCAUCUUAGUUGGACCACUGCUUCGCCUGCCUUUAAACAAAGGCCAUUCAAAAAAAAAAAUAUUUAACAGCAAGGUAAAAGAAAGCAUGGUGGUGCUUUACAGUAUAUUAUUCACCCCCGAAAUCCUGUAACAAAACCCAGCAGAAUCUUAUAAGGAACAAAAGACACAGGAAAGUAAAGAUUAAGGCAUAUGUGAAGUGAUGAAAGGUUAGAGUUAAUCAUUUUAGGAAUGUUGGUUGUACUUUGCAUUAACUUUUUAGUACAGUGGUACCUCAGGUUAAGUACUUAAUUCGUUCCGGAGGUCUGUACUUAACCUGAAACUGUUCUUAACCUGAAGCACCACUUUAGCUAAUGAGGCCUCCUGCUGCCGCUGCGCCACCGCUGCACGAUUUCUGUUCUCAUCCUGAAGCAAAGUUAUUAACCUGAAGCACUAUUUCUGGGUUAGCAGAGUCUGUAACCUGAAGCGUAUGUAACCUGAAGCAUAUGUAACCCGAGGUACCACUGUAUAGAUUCAUCAGGUUUCCCCUUCAAAAGUAGGCCACGGCAUGCUGCAAGUUGCUUCCUCACAAAUAUCCCAUUAUACAAAUAUAAAAUGCUAUGUUGUUUAAGAGGGCUACCAAUCUAGGAAUAAACAGCUCAGCGAUCACUCUGAAAUCCUGCGUGAAUAGUACACUCCUGUCAUGGAAGUUAAUUUAAGCACUUGGACUCGUAUCAGUAUUUAUGGCGUGUAUAAAAUGUUGCCCAAGAGUACGUUCAAGCUAAUGCCUUCAACAAUACAACCUGUAUUUUGGAGGGAGGUUUGUAACAAAACAGUGGCCCUGUUUCUGCGCAGUGUAUACUUGCCCAGUGCACUCUGUCUGCAAGACACAAUUUACCUGGUGAGUAAGGAAGGGUUCUUAAGGCAAAAUUCAUUCUUGUUACAGAGGGAGACAUAUGAAGCCAUGGGUCUGUGGGAUCUCUGCAUGGCUUUGGGUGUUUUUUUUUGGGGGGGGGUCUCACUCUGAGGUCCUGGUUAGUCUGUCCCCUGCAGCAGUGCAGCUGCGAUUCCUGGUGGUAGGUAUUUGUGUCUGGAGUCCUGAGGCAGGCACUUUCUGCAGGGUCCUUAGAAGAAAAGUUUCAGCAAUAUGCAUAUCCCACUUGGGCAUGAUCCUUAGCUGUUUGAGCGCAUAGCCCUUUCACUCAUAUUUAGGAUUUUACCCAGCACACGCACAAUGCCCACCACCUCACUUAAUGGGGUUGCUCAGCUGCAGCUUCCAGGUUCUGGUGAAAUCUCACAAGAGCUGAAGAGAUUUCACAGGACUCUCGCUGGAACCCAGAAGCCACUGCAGCUGUUUCUCUGGUGGGGGCACCAGUGGAGGUGACCCUUGGAUUCUGCCACCUGAGGUGGCUUCCUCAGUCUACCUUAUGGAUGGCCUUGGCUUUGUGUGGCAUUCAUGAGUGUCUGCAGGGAAGAAGGGGCUGAGUGCUUGCCAGCUCAUCCACAAGAGGUUUGGAGUGAUCUCUGAAACCACUCCUUUUGUGGCUGCCAAUCUCAGACUCGCUGCACUUUUCUGAAGGAGACCUUUCUAGACCAACAGGUAGCUCAUGUGAAUGCUGCUCAUUCUGAUCCAAUGAUGCUACUUUUCCAGAAAUUACAAGAUUUGGAAAGCUUAGAAAGACAAUGAUAAUGUAAAUAAAGGAGUGGUGAUGCCUUUUUGAGAUAGCAGGUAUACCCUGCUUUUUGAGGAGCAGAUGGGAGCAGUGGCCAAGACUAGAAACCAAAAGUAAACCAGCAGAAUAGAAAUCACAGACCCUCCAAGUGUCCUUAUUCUCCAGGGACAGUCCUGGAUUUACAGAAGCUGUCUGUGUUUCUGAUUUGAUCCCAGAAUGUCCUGCUUUUCCUUAGGACAUCCCUAUUUUCAUUGGAGAACUGUUGGAGGGUAUGGAGUUCUGAGAACCCCCGAGCUAAGAAGAUAAGUGACUAUACAAGCUUUAGAAGGUAGCCCUGUAUAGGGGAGUUUUUUAAAUGUUUAAUAUAUUAUUAUUUAUAUAUAUAUAUUGGAAGUUGCUCAGAGGGGCUAGGGCAACCCAGUCAGAUGACAAGGUAUAAAUUAUAAAUGGUUGUUGUUGAAUAGAAUGUCCCUAUUUUCAUCAGAGGGUAUGCUGACAUAGGUAGUGUAAGUCCUUUUCUGAUAAAGUUAUACAUCCACUGUCAGUAUGCUUCUCAAUACCAGAUGCUGGGAUUCACAGGUGAGGAGAGUGCCGCUUGCCAGCUUCCCAUGGGCAUCUGGUUGGCCACUGUGAGAACAAAAUGCUGGACUAGAUAGGCUUUUGCCCCACUCCAGCAGGCUCUGCUUAAGUCCUUAUGAUUGCUUCAUUUACUUUUGAAAUUAAUUAAAUGUGCAAAUGCCAAAACCCAUAAUACUGCAUAUCAGCAAAACUACUCAGUCUGGUUUAAAUAUAAUAGAUGAGCUGGGGGGAGGGAGAUAUUUAAUACGGUUUUCUAUAUAACCAUGAAAAAUGUAUCUUGAAAAAUUAACCAGUUUUUCCAUCAUCCAGCAAUGUUUUGAUCACUUUUUGGUGGAGAGGUGGGUAAGAGGAAUAAAAAAAUCACAUACCAUUAUGAACCAACAGCACUGGGAGGGAGAGGAGUACAGAAGGAGGAGAAAGAAGUGCUGCUUCACUGGAGUGGCAAAAAAGGAAGAGGAAAUAUCAGUGCAAGCCAAUACACAAUAGGCAAAAUGGAGGCUUGUGAUCGAUGUACUGCGAUUAUGGUCUCCACAGAUCUUUCAAAUACAGUGGCACCUCUGGUUACGAACUUAAUUCAUUCCAGAGGUCUGUUCUUAACCUGAAACCAUUCUUAACCUGAGGUACCACUUUAGCUAAUGGGGCCUCCCACUGCCACCGGCAUGCAAUUUCUGUCCUCAUCCUGAGGUAAAUUUCUUAACCUGAGGUACUACUUCCAGGUUAGCGGAGUCUAUAACCCAAAGUGUUUGCAACUUGAGUUGUUUGUAACCCAAGGUACCACUGUACAGUUCAGACUGCAGCCAGUGGGUGGAAAUAGGCAUGCUUGCAACACUCAGGCUGCCAGAAACAAAAUGGUUGUGUUCAGGGGAGGAGCAAACAAGUAUACAAAGUGUAACAAUCAAUACCACCUGCAAAACCUCUCGAGCAUCUAACCACCCACCUCAAAAUAUAGGGGUUUGGUGCUAAUAAUCUCCCACACCAACACUGUGUAAAAUUUGCAUUAGACAAGCUGCUGAGCUUGUAUAAUAACACACACACACACAAAGAAUCUGGAAGCUCAAAGUCUUUUGUAGUCAGUGCAACAGCAAACAGAACUUCAGUAUCAACAGGCUGACAGGGCCCUUGAAGAGGCUUAGCCUUCAACUCCCCCGUGUGUUUUGCUGCCUAAAGAAGAUGAGUUUAGAGAUUCUCUGUGGCAUAGGACUCUGUAGACGCUGCAGAGGGAGUAGCUGGGAGUUUGAGGUGAUGUCAAGUAAUAUUAAAUUUCUGUCAGUUUCAUUUGAUCUUUGACAGAUAGUUCAUAAGUAGAAGGCAUCACCCGACGGCACCAUCAUGUCUGUGCAAAAUCCCCCCUUGAAAUAGAACAAAUAUGUUCUGUUGCCUUAGUAAAAUGCAAGGGCAAGGGUGGUCAAAAAUGAAUUUCUCCUUUUAUUGUUUACAAGGGACAUGCAAUCUGUUGUGUUAGUUUGGCUAUACCCCACAGAAGCAUGAAUGGAAAAGCAAAGUUUACUGGGGGAGAUGUCCUCAAGGGUAGAAGUUCUCAAGGGUAGAAAAAGUGAGAACUUGGUAGCAUUUGAAGGCUGAUGAAAGGAAAACAUGAAAGGCUCAGUGGCAGGAUUGACGCUGUUAAGAACUUUGUUGUAACUAGGAUUAUCUGAAGAACUCAAAAGACUGAAGCCAAUUGAAAUAUUCACUAACGGGUUGGGGAGGCAGCCAUGUUGGGAUGGAGCAAGACGCUACCUUUCAGAUUUCUGCCACAGGUCAGUGAAAGAAUGUUAGGGCUUAAAAGAUAAAGCCAAACGAGGUAUUCUCAAAGUCCAGAAGCGGCAAUAAAUAAAGCAAGCUCACAUGAUGAUCUGCUGGGCAAACGAAAGAAGGAAUAGGGUGAUUUCUUUGAGGAAGCACCUUGCAGAAAUGUUGCAAAUUGAAACACAAAAAAGAUCCUUUGAAAUACCAGAUACAGUAUGUAUUAGAUAAUUAAUAUUGUAUCCUUGAGAUACUUUAUGGCCGUGGGCAUCGGGUAAUAGAGAAUAUCUAAUUUAUAAGGACAGUGAGAAAAUCUUUAAGGAAAAAAGAGAAUUUCUGAUCACAAAGGUAAGAUGAACUCUAUUGUUUUAAGACUUUACAUAAGCGGCACCACAGGAGCAUUAUGGGAAUAAAAGUUUGACUUCCCAGUAUUUCUGAGCACACCUUGAUCUUCUGAUUGUUGGCUUCUUACAGGGGCUUUUUCUUGUCCUUAUCUCCUUUGGCAGUACAAGACUGCAGUGAUGCUACUGAAAUGUAUGUUGAACAAGCCUCUUAGGUAACUUUCUUUACAUCGUUCAAUAGACAAGUGUGUUUUAUGUGAACUGUUUAGAAAAGCGUUGGCUCUUGCAUUACUCUUCAGUCUUAAAAGGAAACUCUUGUUUCAGGCCAAAUUGCUGAUCCUUGUGACAUGACAGCCUGAUUCAUUCCAACAUGUACACUGAAAUUAAAAGGUAAUAACAUAAAAUUAACAAGGCCAUCUCAUAGAUAUACAUUUCCAUGCGCCCAGGAACACUGUAGACUGGAAGCAUAGAAAAUGAUAGCUCUCACCACAAAACUACAGUAUAUUGUGACUCAAGAAAGAACAGGAUUGAGAAAGCUAUUUAAGAAAACCCCCCUCAUAAUGAGAAUGUUCCACAACGAUAAGCUCCACUGUUACUUAAGAUAUCUUAGGAUUUUAAAUUGUGUAUACUAGGAACUGCUGCUUUGUUUGGAUCACUCAGUUUUGGAGAUGUUUAGAAUAGGGGUGUUUAGACAUGCAUGAUGGGGGAACAGGAUUUUGCCUGCUUUGCCUCUGCUCCUAACAAUGCACAUUUUGUCAUAAUGGUGGGGGGGUGGGCUAUAUGCCCUCUUCUGUACAACUCCUCUAAGUAAGUGGGAAGCCCUGGCCAAACUCACCUAGAUGAGUCCUACCUAUAACAUCUUCAGGAGCCCAUAUGUUUGCUCAUUUGCACUAAGCUAUGGUUUAGCUUUGAAUAUUGUGUGUGGCUAGUAGGAACAAAAUUCUACUCCUUCCCUUAUGCAUUUACUGAACAUAGAGAGGGGUGUUGUUUAAACACCUUUAUUAUAUGCUAUGUGUAGCAAAAGGUGUUAAUAUGAUCUACGGUAAUAGCACAGAACAGAAAUCCUUAGUUAGUGCUCACUUAGCCUAUAGGUGGCCAACCUAGUCUGGUAUUGGCAGUGACAGUUUGUGGCAUUCUUGAACAAGGACAGACGGACACACAGGCUUCGUCAUGGCAGAGAGUGGGGCCGGCCGGCCUCUCCAUGGUGUGCCGCUACCUCCUCCUGACCUCAGUAGACUAAAGACAAAGCCAUCACAAUGCAUAUUUAUUGUGGCACUCUCUAAUGCUUUGAACUUGAUGUGCAGCGCGGCUGCCAGAGGUCUACUAUCACCGAACCAGCAAACAGUGACUCUCAGUAUCUUUGCUUUGUCCCGGUUACAACAGGUUUUCAUAAAAUGGCCGAACUGUAUCAAUAAACGUGAUUUGCAUGAUAUUUAUGUUUUAAUGCAGAGAUGUAGCUAUGGGGGAGAGCUAGCCAGGUUUUUUUGCCUGGGGUGAAGCCUCCAAAGGGGUGCCCUUGAGGCUCCCAGCCUGUGUGUGUGUGUGUGUGUGUGUGUGUGUGUGUAUGCAAAUGGUCGUGAGUGGGUGGGUGCCAAACUGGGUCUUUGACCCGGGUGAAAUGAAUCCUAGUUUUGCCCCUGAUCAAUGGUAACUUUUGCCAGAGCUGUGGGCAAUUAUCACACAUGGGACAACUGCACAGGCCACAGCAGUGACCAGAGGUGAAAAUACUGCUGAGAGGAGUUCAGCAAGAAGAAACGCCAUGGUGCACCUGCAACACACAACUGGGCCCCUUCAUCUGCUCCACCUGCAAUAAAACAUGUCUCUCCCAUGUCGGUUUCUACAGUGACAGCAGGCGCCGUAACUCACUAAUGGUUUGACUUUACCCCCGAAGACGUACUCUUGCAUCCACGCCCCCCCCCCCCAGACAGAUAGAUGCUAACAAUAAGAAUUGUGACUCGCACUGAAUCCUAGGGAUGAGAUGAAAAAUAACAGUGCUGACCCCAGGCAGAGAACACAGUUGAUAAUUAAUUUCAAGCCAUCACCAGUUAGUAUCUGAAUCCAGUCUAGGGGUGUUAAGGGUUCGUGUGUCCCCAAAACGAGUCCUCUGUGUAGAAAUUCUGAUCCAAAUGUAUCUAAACAUGCUGGAAUAGAAAAGCUGUUUACAUGGACAACCACAGCACUCUGCCUAAUCCCUUUCUUUGAGUACUUCAAACGCCGCAUCUUUUUUCCUCCCCCACCCCUUUUAAUAAGUGGGCUCAAUUUCUUUAAGCAUUUCAAGGACAUCAUAAUAACCAGACCUUCUGUGUUCAGUAACAGGUCCACUGGAGUCGCACUUGUUCUGUGAACUGCUUUGCCUCCUGUGGUGCUGCAUAAUAAAUUGCUUUGACAAACUGG